AUGAAUCAACAUGGCGAGAUACCUUCACUGAGAGGCACAGUCAGACUGGGGGGACAGGCCAAGUCGCGCUUCAAUGCCGCCCCGUGCUACGACGUCGACUUCUAUCCUUACACCUUGCCUGGCGUAGACCCUGUCUUCGCCGUUUGUGGAGACCACUAUACACUCAUCUGUCGCUGCGUUUUGGAAAAGGAUAGCACCAUCGAGGUCCUCCGCUGGUUUGAGCAUGAUGCAGCCCAGGCCUCCACUCAGCCCUACAACUACAACAGUCUUGUCUGGUCACGAGCUGAGAAUGGUGACCCUCUGGUCUGUGUCACUGGCGAUAUAUCGCAGAUAAGAAUUCUCAAUGUCAGGUCCGGCGAGCUCGUGCAGAGUAUCAAUGAUCUUGCUGUGUCGCCCCUUGACCCCGCCCUAUUGGCUUCAGCAAGUGCCGAUUACAGCAUUCGCAUAUGGAGUUUGCUCCCUGCCCACAAGAAACAGCCGCUUGCAGCAAUCUGUUACGGCCAGGGUCACAAAGACCAGGUCUUGACACUGGCCUAUCACCGCCAAGGCCGCUACUUGUUAUCGGCAGGUAUGGACACCAGAGUCAACUUGUGGACUGUGCCAGAGAGUGUCACAAAACAUGCGGGAACCGACAAACCUGCAACGAUCCAUUAUCCCCACUUCUCCACUACCGAAGUCCACACGGAUUUCAUAGACCGCGUACAAUGGUACAAUGAUUUGAUCCUGAGUCAUGCCGCAAGAGAGGACCACAUCCUUCUCUGGCGAAUCGACAACUUCAGCUCUGACCGCCUCGAGACUCCCCCUCCCCCAAUACCGACUUCGACGGCCGUGAAUAGUAAAACGCCGGUAACAGCACCAGCAAACUCGACCUCGAGCACGCGAUCAGCAUGGGGUGGACGUUUCCAACGAUUGCUCAAAUUUGAACUCCCCCAUUGCAGCAUCUUCUACCUUCGCUUCUCGCUUUUCCAUGAGCAAGGCCGCCAUCCCAUGCUCGUGGCCGGCAACGAGAAGAGCAGGGCCUUUUUCUGGGAUCUGCACCGUCUUGAACAAAUGCAUCUAGGGGAAGAGGCAGCCCAAGCCGACAACACCAACGCGUUGUCCUUGAGCUUACCUCGCCACAUCCGCGAAACGUCCACCUCUACUGCCUCGUCUGCAAUGAGUACCGGCUCUGGCACCGCCACAAAAGUGAAGCGUAACAAGAGGAAGCCACUCCAUCGCGACCGCGGCCUAGGCGAUCCCUUCCAGCCCAUAAAGGCGCACAAGUGCAUUGACAUUCCCAAAUUCCAGGCCUUUCCCUUUUACAAGUUUGCUUGGAGCCGCGACGGCCAAUGGUGUGUAGGCGUCGGCAAUCCCAGCCUGAUCAAUGUCUUUCAUCGUUGGAAAGACGGAGUUCCGCCGUUGACUACGGAAGAGAGCGACGAUGCUUUAAUGCAAGAGAAUGAACCAAGAGCUGGUUAG